AUGUUUAAGCCAGGUAGCCUAAUUAAACCCAUUCAAAGAUUAAACACAAUUAAAAGACACGUCAACACAAUGGCUCCAACAUCAACUGAAGCUCUCAAGCACUACGACUACCUUGUAAUUGGAGGUGGAUCCGGUGGGGUGGCAUCCGCCCGUCGUGCAGCCUCGUACGGGAAGAAGGUAUUACUCGUUGAGUCCAAAUUCAACAAGUUAGGUGGUACCUGUGUCAACGUCGGGUGUGUGCCCAAGAAGGUGAUGUGGUACGCUGCUGACUUAGCCCACAAAACUCACCAAUUGAAGAAAUAUGGAUUGUCUGAUGACGACGGGAUCAAGUAUGGAGACUUCAAGUGGGGGUAUCUUAAGGAAAAGAGAGACGCCUUUGUUCACAGAUUGAACGGGAUCUAUGCCAGAAAUUUGGAAAAGGAAGGUGUUGACUACCUUUUUGGUUACGCCAAGUUUGCUAACUCCAACGCUGACGUUGAAGUUGUGUUAAGUGCUGCACAAGAGUUGGCAUUCUUGGAGGAGGGUAAGAAGUAUGCAAAGGAUGAGAAAUUAACCUUCUCUGCUGACAAGGUGUUGAUUGCUACUGGUGGUCAACCAGUUGUCCCACCUAAAGUCGAAGGUAGUGAAUUCGGUAUUACCAGUGACGGGUUUUUCGAAUUGGAAACCCAACCCAAAUCUGUGGCUGUUGUCGGUGCUGGAUACAUUGGAGUUGAACUUGCGGGUAUUUUCCAGAGUUUGGGUUCUGAAACCCAUUUGGUUAUCAGAGGUCAAACUGUUUUAAGAGCAUUUGAUGAAAUCAUCCAAGACAAUGUCACCGACUACUACUCUGAUAGAUUGGGGGUCAACGUGAUCAAGGAAUCAGGAAGUGUCACCAAAGUUGAAAAGUUAAGUAAUGGAAAGAAGAAGGUUUUCUUGGGUAAUGGUGAUGUCUUAGAAGUUGACGAAUUGAUCUGGACUGUUGGUAGAAAGUCUUUAGUCCAAAUUGGGUUAGAGAAGGUUGGCGUAAAGACUAACGAUAAGCAACAAGUUACAGUUGACGAAUAUCAGCAGACGUCUAACCCUAAGAUUUUCUCUCUCGGUGAUGUGGUUGGUAAUUUUGAACUUACUCCAGUGGCCAUUGCUGCCGGACGUAGAUUAUCCAAUAGAUUAUUCUCAGGAAAGGAAGAGUUCCAGAAUGACAAGUUGGAUUACACCAAUAUUCCCUCUGUAGUAUUUUCACAUCCCGAAGCCGGAUCCAUAGGUUUAACCACCAAGGAAGCCAAGGCCAAGUAUGGAGAAGAUAACAUAAAGAUCUACAAGUCAACGUUCACUGCCAUGUACUACGCCAUGAUGGAUGACGUCUCUGAAAAGGCUCCAACUGCAUACAAGAUCAUUGUGACUGGUAAGGAUGAAAAAAUUGUGGGGCUCCACAUCGUUGGUGACGAUAGUGGAGAAAUCUUACAAGGGUUCGGAGUUGCUAUCAAGAUGGGAGCCACGAAGAAGGACUUUGACAGCUGUGUGGCUAUCCACCCUACUUCAGCAGAAGAAUUGGUCACUAUGACUUAA